AUUCAAGGAGCAUAGAGUAUGAGUAUACACAUCGGCCCAACUAGAAAAAGAAAAGUACAAACAAGUUCUAGGCACUAGGCAGAAACAAAAACAAAGUCCAGAGAAAGGAAAGUUGUGCCCCAUUGAGACGUAUAAUAUUUCACAGGACCAAACCACUAAAGAUGGGUUGUGACGGUGGCACCAUUCCUCGCCGAGAUGAGCUUGUUCGUCUGAAGAAAAAAAAGGAGCAGAAAGACAAGGAAUCAGAACUGUCAUUUCGCUGGAGGCACUGUGCAAUUACGCAGCAACCCCUACAACAACCAAUUGUAGCGUGCGGACAAGGUCGACUGUACAGCAAGGAAUCAGUGCUGGAAGGGCUGCUGGACCGAAGCAAAAUGCCCGCGGUGGCGCAGCACAUUACCUCGCUGAGGGACGUUAAAGAACUCAAUCUUACGCCUAAUCCUGCAUUCGCCAUCAAAGCUAAUGGCGAGAAGGGUGAGAGUGGACACUUCCGCGACCCUAGGGAGAGUCCGUACGUUUGUCCGGUGAUCGGGAUUGAGUUCAGCGGAAAAUUCAAAUUUGUUUUCUCGUGGAACUGCGGCUGUGUCGUUUCAGAGAAAGCAAUUAAGGAGGUGCCUACAUCUGUGUGUCAUAAAUGCCAGAAGCCCCUUCUGAACGAGGAUCUCGUGUACCUAAACGCCGAGGGCGAGAUCCUGGAGCGGAUGGUCAAGCAGAUGGAGGACCGCAAGGCCAAGCUGAAGGCCAGCAAGAAAAGUAAGAAGGGCAAAGCCCCGGAGGCCACUGUUACGAGUAGUGAAGAGGCUGUCCAGCCUUCGACCUCGACUUCGAUGGAGCCAGAGGAGGAUGAAAAACUGAAGAAGGGCAGCAAGCAACAGAAAAGAGUUCGUUCGCCUGACAGGACGAAGGCUAAGGACCUUGAGAAGCUGACAGAUCCGGCCUACAAGAAGGCCAAGUCUGAGUACAGUGUGGCCAACGACAACAAGGCUUCGGCCGUGUACAAAUCUCUGUUCACAAGCCACAAUGACGCUAAAAAUCAGACCAAAGCCCACUGGGUAACAUACAAUCCCUUCUAUAAUUAAUGUAAAUUUGUAUUGCAAAAUACUAAAAAAUUAUUCUUAUCUUUAUAUUUUCUCUUUAAACUGGAAAUUGGCUUCCAUUUUCCCAGACCGCCGUUUAGUUUUUCAAGAAAUUAGGCAUAAUUUAACUUGACCUAAUUUGACUAUUGUACAUUAAAGAGUUCAAUUGGAUCUAAAUUUCACAAGCAAAAAACUCAAUGAACCACAUGUUCAAGCUAUAAAUGUAAAAUGUUGAAGGUAAAAUCCAUGGGCACAUGUCGUGUUUGAAUGUGAUUUAUUCGUAAGAUGAUUUUAAGCAUUGCAAAAUAAAAUAUGUGGAAAUUCAA